CUCGUUCUCCUCCGUGGCCUGGUGUUUAUGUGCGACGGGCGCAGGAAAACUACGUCACUUUGCAGCUACUACAUUUCCCAUGAGCACACGUUCCGUUCAACCACUCGAGACAAACAUGGCGGGAAUCGGAGCUUUCCUGAAGAAUGCCUGGAACAAAGAGCCUGUCAUUAUGGCCUCCUGUGCGAUUGCACUGGUGUUGCUCUGCCAUUCAUCAGCCCCUUCACAAAGUAUUCAGCGAUGAUCAAUUCAGCCGUGCCAUACAACUAUCCAGUCCCUGUGCGAGAUGAUGGAGACAUGCCUGAUGUCCCCGCUCAUCCAUGUGAACCCAAAGGAAAUAACCUGGAAUGGCUUAAAAACCUCUAACUUCACAUUUUCACAAUCAAUGCCACCUGAAUUCCCUUUGUUCAUAUCUGUCCUUACAGCUUCCCCACUUAUCAAUGUUCCACAAUAAAGACUAUUUAAUUA